AUGGACCGCCAAAAGCGAGUUUUCUUGGUCCGCCUCGAUAUUUGUGAGCUCCUGGCCGUGCCUGAUAGCAUUGGUGUCUUCCAUGUGAAACUAAAGGCGUUUAGAGCGGGCCUCUUCCGUCAGCACGUGCAGUGGCGAGGCUUUACCUCGGACCGACCCGUGGAGAACCACCGCGUCGUCUGGAACGAGUCCCUGCGCUUUCAAGCGACACUGAUGGCUCGUGGUAGCGAAGAUUCUGUACUCGCUCCCUUUUUCCUGAGCUUGAAGGUGAAAAGGACGAUACCUUUUGGGAGAAGCACCCAAACAGUGUGCAUCGGGGAGUUGCAGGUCGACCUCGCUCAGUAUGCGGGCAUCGAGGGUACGCACACGACUCACUUGCCACUGGAGAAGAGCUAUACUACUGCGCUGCUGCGCUUUACGUUGACGAUUCGCCAGAAUGAAGGUUCCAGAACGUUCAAGCGACAACCGGUUGCGCAAAGCAUUCUCCAGAGCGGCCUGGGACGGCCGCUGCGGGCGCCCUCAACGAGCACAGACGAGUCGUUUGACAACAGUCCUGCGACAGGCGCCUCUGCGAAUAGAGCGCGAGCACUCGCUCUAAUCCGCAAUGAAGAUAAUUGCCACAAGCAGGAGCGCGCUGCUGAUCAGCAGAGCCAUGCACAGGAACGUGUAGUGACGGGAAGCGCCCCCGAGGCGUUUACGGAUGAGAGCGAUCUCUCAGAUUUCAACUCGGAUGGCGAUGAUCACGAAAGUAUGAUAGAACACGACCAAGACGCUAGAGAUGGACCAAGGUAUGGAUAUCUCGGAGAUGGUCUGGUGGCUGGUACGGUCGGCACCGGCGAGAGAGACCGCGACAUCGGCUACCGGACGUCGCUGGCGCUUGCGACCCCAGCCGAGUCUGCUCUUCAUGACGACGCUGAAGCGUUUAUGUAUCGGGAAAGUACAGCUGAUAAGCGUGGUGCUCCCGCGAAGCGUGAUGUAGCCUUUCGAGCACCUUCGAUGGCUACCAUGCCACGCAGCGUCGAGACGAAUACGGCGGAUGCGGCGACGGCAGCGCUCGUUCCGCACCCGUCGACGUCCUGGGACAAGGGCUUGCCACCUGAUUGGUACCAGCAUCAACAUGGACACACUUCCCUGCCAGGCAUUCGGAUACGAACUGGUUCCAAUGACGGAUGGUUUGGUGAGAAGCGAGCGUUGGACGCCUCGGUUCUGUCGUCCGGGUCGAAGCCGUCCUCCUCGACGCACGGCACUGGGAAGCGUGACCAUCCAUUGGACUCGUUGCCUCAUGAUGACCAUGAUUUCAUCGAGGAUCGAGAUUCGAACGAGCAUCGGCUUUCAGAAGAUGAUCCGGGAGCUGACGCUGCAGGUGCUGCUCCUGGUGCGGAUGAUGACGAUACGAACUCGAUCACGAGCAUGUCCACCGCACCGGACACGACGCUUUCAUCCCAGGAUGAACGCACAACGACAGCGACGUCACCUGACGCUCUGCCAAGCACCUCCGAAGUGUACGAUGCUGAGGCGGCACCAACGGAACCCGGUGUCAUCGAUCAAGCACGAUCACCGGCUCCGGUACGAUCACUGCCGACUGGACCGAUCCAGCGUCACUACCGACAGGCACGUGUAGCGGCACAGCUGUUGGGAAUGACGCUGGGGGAGCAGUCGGAUCAGACAUUUACGUCGACUGUACCCAGUACGGAGCAGACGACGCCGGCGGACCCAGUGAACCGCCGCUGGCGAGGCCGUCGUACCCAGAGUGCAGUACCGCAUCUUCCCGAGUGGACAAGUCUCGUGGGUGCCAGCCGGCCGAAACCCGCUCAGAGCGUGAACCGUCGAACGUAUAGUCGCUCGUCCAUGAACUGGUGGUCGGGCGAACGCCCCCGGAAACCGUCGACGAAACCAUCGAAACCAACGUUUUCGCUAUCCGAUAUUAUCGAUACUGGACUGGACAAGUAUGUUGCCGUAUUGGCAGCGGAGAUGCGACGCGAGCGCCUCGUGCCAGAGACAGUUCGCAGCACACGUACCGACCUCGAUGCAGCCGUAGCCGACGUCCUGCGUAGACUGGGGCGCCCGGCGACGACCAACACCAUCCCGCUUCCAGGAGACCGGCUCUCGCCAAAGAGCUCCCUACCGGCCGGGACAGUACCCUGGCGGCAGCAACAGGGACGACGAUGA